AUGGAAAAUAAAAAUGAGAAGCGAGAAACAUCACCAGAAUUGUCAUCAGAUAAUUUAGUUUGUGAAAAUGAACUAGAGAAUAAAACUGACAAAGAUAUUAAUGAUACAAUAAAUUUCGAAAAUACCGAAAAAAUGAAAAAUAUACAUGAUGUGAAUAAGGAAAUCUUUAAGAGUAGUAACUUUGAGAGCAAUACCGAGAGUUGUAAUAGCAGUGAAGAUAAAUGCAAUAAUAAAGACACUUCAAAUUCAAUGAAUAAAAAUAAGAAAAUACCUGAUGAUGAUUCUUUAGCGAAGACAGAUGAAAUAAGUAAUAAAAAAAAAAAAACUAAAAAUACACCGAUAAAUAAAAUACCUGAUUCAAAUAUAAAUACAAAAAUUAUGAAUCCAAUAGAUAUAAUACCACCGAAUUAUAGAGUAGCAUUACCCAACAUAUCAAAUUAUACACAACUAUAUCAAAUAAAUAUUCCAUAUGUGAAUACACAUAGCAUGAAUUACAAUCUACAAAAUUACAUGAGCAGUUCAUAUAAAAAAUAUAAUAAUAAAUAUAUAUUAAAUAAAGAUUUUAUAAAUAAUAAUAUGACACCAAUAGUACAUUGCCCACCAAAUGGUGUAAAUACAAUGGACGCAAUGAGUACGAUAAAUUAUAGUAAGAAUAAUUUAUCCAAUUAUUUUGAUUCCGCUGAUAGAAUAAAUGAUAAUAAUUCUACACACAUGCAAGGAACUUUAAACAAUAUAUAUUCAAAUUACAACGAUCCAAAUAUGUUUUUAAAUAAUGAAAAUUAUAUUAUACCUUGCAAAUACACUAAUUAUUGUUGUCCCACAUAUAUGCCUCCUUGCACAGUUGUUAACUACAUGAAUGAUUUACAAAAUAAUAAACCAUAUCAUCAAGAUAAUACAUUAUAUGAUUCCAAUAAUAGAUUAAAUAAUAAUAUUAACAUUAUAAAUAGUAAUAUAAUAAAUAGUAGAAUUGGAAAAGAAUCGAUGGGAGCAAAUUUUGUAAAUGUGGAAAAUAAUCGAAACUGUGAUAAUGAGACAAAUACUAUUGCGGUAGAGAACUGUAAUAAUAUUGGAUUAAUAAAUUACGAAGAAAAUUGGUUAUAUCCAAACUUUAACAGAUUUAUAUUUGCUCCAAAAUUGCAAUUUAAUAAAGAGACAUAUCAAUUUCCUGGAAUGGGUAACGAACCCAAUUGUAUAAAUAUGGGCGAUAGUAAUAUAAUAUUAGAAAAAAAAAAGGAAAUGGAAUAUAACAACACAAACGUACCAAAACAGAUGAAUAAUAAUAGCUCUAUGAAUUGUGGCACAAAUGUUGAAAACAAUGAAAACAUGAUUCGAAAUAUAGACAAUAUAAAUACGAUAAAUAAAAUGCCAGAUAAUAUAUUAAACAAAUAUAAUAAUGUGAUUAAUUAUAAUGAUAAUAUAAACACUGGUAGUAUAUAUAAUAUAAGAAGAAGUAACGAAAUGUACAAUUACUUAAAUAAUAUAUGUAAUAAAACUUAUAAUAUUAGAAUGUAUCCAAUAAAUGAUAAUAGCCAAAAUCCUAUAAAUAAUUAUCAACAAAAUAUGGCUUAUUAUAAUAUUAUUAAUUCGAAUUUUUACACAUCUCAUCAAAAAAAUUACUUUUGUAAUCAGUUUAUGAAUAAUUACCCUGGUGUCCCAUUACCAUGCGUUGACAUUUAUAAUGCGGAAAGCAUUGGCUAUUCUGUUAACCAAUCGCAUAGCUAUUUGGCUAACGAACCAAUGAUAGGCGAAAAAAUUAGAAAAAAAAAAGAAUAUAAACAUGCACACAAAGAUUUUAAUGAUAAAACUUUGAUUAGCAAAAAAAGUAAUAUUAGUAAUGAUGACUAUCUCGAUUUAACUGCUAUAUCUGGAAACGUAUACAAAAUAGCCAAGGAUCAAUCCAAAUGUAGAACACUUCAAAAAAUUCUCGAUAAAAAAAAUCAAAGUUGUAUCGAUGAAAUAUAUAACGAAGCUUUAGAGCAUAUAAUAGAAUUAAUGAUGGACCCUUUUGGAAAUUACCUUUGUCAAAAAUUAAUAGAAGUUUGCACACCUGAACAAAUAGAGAAAAUUAUUGAUAAAUCAUCUGAUGAAUUAAUAAAUGCCUCCAUAAGUGUUCAUGGAACCCGAACUGUUCAGAAGCUCAUAGAGAUGAUAAAAACACCGUCCCAAAUAAGAAAAAUAACCAAUUCACUAAAAAAUUCGAUAAUAAUAUUAAUAAAAGAUAUAAAUGGAAAUCAUGUUGUCCAAAAAUGUUUAGGUACUUUAUCCAGCAUUCAAUGCAAUUUUAUUUAUGACGAGAUUUUAAAAAACUUCGUAGAAGUAUCAACACAUAGGCAUGGGUGCUGCGUAAUUCAACGAUGUAUUGAUUCUGCGAAUGAGGCUCAAAAGGAACUUCUUAUAAAUAAAAUAUCAAGUAACAGUCUUGAGUUAGUACAGGAUGCAUUUGGGAAUUAUGUAGUACAAUAUAUAUUAAAUAUGGGAAAUGAAAAAGUUAAUUUUGAAAUAAUAGAAAAAUUAUUAAAAGAUAUUGAAAAGCAUGCUGUUCAAAAAUUUUCAUCAAAUGUUAUAGAAAAAUGUUUAAUAAUCGGAACUACUAAAUGUAGAAAAAUUAUGAUAAAUGGACUACUAAAAAAAGGAAAAAAUGUUUUAAAAAAUGUUAUUUUAGACAAAUAUGGUAAUUAUGUAAUACAAAGAGCUUUAUCUGUUGCGCCCGAACCCGAAUUAACAAAACUUGUAGAAGGAAUCAAGCCAUAUAUAAAAGAGUUGCGUAAUAUAAACUCAGGUAAAAGAAUUGCUUGGAAACUUGCAAAAAAACACCCAGUAUUAAAUAUAGAUAUUAGUAAUAAUUAUAAAUCCGGUAAUUCUAGUAAGUAUUCAGAUUCUAAAUAUAAUAUUCACCAAAUGAAAAACGACAAUAAUUUGACACAAAAUAUUCAUGAAUAUAAUAGUGAGUCGAUAAGUUGUUCAGAAAAUUACCCAAAUAAUAUUAAUGAGAAUCAUAUAAAUAAGUAUUAUAAUAAAAAAAAAUGCAAAAAUAAAAAUAAUUCAUUAAAUAUUAAAAAACAGUAUAGCAAACAUAAAAAAUGUAUAAUAUCAGAACAAAGUGAUACAUCAAAAGAAAUUACCCAAAAAGAUGAUCUUAAUUAUUAUAAAAAAAAUAUAUUAGAAAGUUAUCAAAAUAGUGAAAGUACUACAAAUAAUUGUGGGUAUAAUUAUGAAUAUAUUAUUCCUGAUGGCCGUGCAAAUAUUUUUCAUGAAACCGAAUAUGAUAAACUUGGAAGAACAAAGGAAAAAUAUAAUAGUACCGAAAAUAUAAGUGAGUGCAACACUCAAGACAUAGAUAAACAUAGUGAACAAUCUAUUACACAAAUGGAAUUGCAAAAUGUAAAAUAUCGAAAUAAUAUUGACAUUGACGAUAUAGACUCAAUGGAUAAAAAUAAUUGUGAACAAAAUAGAAAAAACACAAAAAUGGGAGAGUUUAAUUUUCAACAUUAUGAUUACAAUGAAGUUAACAAAAAAAAAAAAAAAAAAAAAAAAAUGAGCAAUUCAGGGUAA